UGCCUGUAGAAGGAGCUCUUCUGUGUCUUACCUAACCUACAGCCAAACGUACACAAACAUGGCGAUAUCACGGGCGGUCGGGAUGCGUUCGUCUCUUCGGUGUGCGUUUUAUUUACUCGUCCUCGGCUUUCCUGGAAUACAUUCGUCGACUCUUCGUCUGCACCCGGAGCAGCGCAACAUGCCGCCUCAAAACAGAGGCUUUUUCACUAUAGAAGCUAAUGAGGUUUCUCCAGACGGAGGUGGAGGAGGCGCCGCCGCGGCUCCAGCGCUGCCCGUGGCCGACCGUAGUAACACUGAAGGCGGCUCGUACUCCGGUACAUACCCGCAGCAUCGAAGCCGCCGGAGCACCGGUGACUCUGCCGUGCUCAAGGUGUACGGACAGGCCAACCUGAACGACUCCCAUAACCAGAUGGUGGUCCACUGGGCUGGAGAGAAGAGCAAUGUCAUUGUAGCCUUGGCCCGAGACAGUGCUGCAGCCACGGGGCCAAAAACCAGCGCUGUCUAUGUCUCCUAUGAUUACGGCACCACAUUCCUGCUUAUCUCUGAAAAGUUCCAGCUGUCAGGAGCCAAGUUCAAGGAAGGCUCCAAACAGGUCAUCUCCCAGUUCUACCACAGCCCUGCAGACAACAGGCGGUACCUGUUUGUAGACUCCACCAACAACUACCUGUGGAACACCUUCGACUUCUGUAAGAGUGUCCAGGGUUUCUUGCUGCCCUUCAGACCAACAGACCUGCUGCUGCACAGCACAAGAUCCAACCUGGUACUGGGCUAUGACAGCUCUCAUACGAGCAAACAGCUGUGGAAAUCUGAUGACUUUGGGGAGACAUGGGUGUUGAUCCAAGAGCACGUGAAGACCUACUUUUGGGGUAUUGAACCCUAUGAUCCCCCCACAACAGUGCUGGUCCAGAGACACGAGCCCCAGGGAGUCUCCACCAUCCUCAGCAGCACAGACUUCUUCCAGAGUGAGCAGAACCGCAAAGUGAUCUUGGAGCAGGUGGACAGCUUCCAGCUGCGUGAGAAGUACAUGUUCGCCACCACCACCCGGAAACUGCUUGGCAGCCAUGAGUCGUCAUCUGUUCAGCUCUGGGUCUCCUACAACCGCCAGCCGAUGAAAGCUGCCCAGUUUAUGACCCGCCAUCCAAUCACAGAAUACUACAUAGCAGAUGCAUCUGAGGACCAGGUGUUUGUGUGUGUCAAUCACCUAAACAACGUCACACACCUCUACAUCUCAGACACACAAGGCCUUUCCUUCUCUCUGUCGCUGGAGAAUGUGCUCUAUUACAGUCCUGAAGGCUCUGGCAGCAACACACUCAUCAGGUACUUUGCAAAUGAGCCGUUUGCAGACCUGCAUCGCGUGGAGGGGCUUCGGGGCGUCUUCAUCGCCACGCUCAUCAACGGCUCGGUCAGCGAGAACAACAUGCGAUCCGUCAUCACCUUCGACAAGGGAGGGACAUGGGAGCUGCUGCAGCCGCCUGCUGCCGACAGCCUGGGAGGAACUGUGGACUGUCAGCUCAGUAAAGGUUGCUCUCUUCACCUGGCCCAGCGCUGGAGCCAGCUGUUCAACAUCCAGCUGAGGAGGAUGCCCAUUUUAUCCAAGGACUCUGCACCUGGACUCAUCAUGGCCACAGGAUCUGUGGGCAAGAACUUGGCCAGCAAACCUAAUGUGUACGUAUCCAGCAGUGCUGGAGCCCGGUGGAGAGAGGCUCUGGCAGGCCCUCAUUUCUACACAUGGGGUGACCACGGUGGAAUUCUGAUGGCUAUCGCACAAGGAGGCGCCACUACACAUCUUAAGUUCAGCACCAACGAAGGUGAGACUUGGGCCGACUUUCAGUUCUCUGACAAGGAGGUGUACGUUUACCAGCUGCUGACGGAGCCCGGCGAGAAGAGCACCAUAUUCACAAUCUUCGGUUCCUACGCGAACCAGAGACACAGCUGGCUCAUCCUUCAGGUCAACACCUCCGACAUCCUGGGUGUGCCGUGUUCAGAGGCCGACUACAAGCACUGGUCUCCGUCAGAUGAGCGGGGUAACGAGUGUCUGCUGGGCAGAGAGAUAACGUAUAAGAGACGAGCUCCUCACGCUACGUGUUUUAACGGAGAAGACUUUGACCGACCCGUCACCGUCUCCAACUGCUCGUGCAGACGCCAGGACUAUGAAUGUGACUACGGCUUCAAGCUGAGCGAGGACUUGUCUCUGCAGGUGUGUGUUCCUGACCCCGAGUUCUCAGGUGACCUCUACGCUCCUCCAGUUCCGUGUCCUGUCGGGACUACGUACCGGCGCAGCAAAGGUUACAGGAAGGUACCAGGGGACAGCUGCGGUGGAGGCGAUGUGGAGUCCAGGCUGGAUGGAGAGAUGCUUCCGUGCCCUGUCGGAGAGAGUAACGAGUUCAUCCUGUAUGCGGUGAGGAACUCCAUCCACCGGUACGACCUGGCCACAGGCACAGACCAGGCCCUGCCACUGGUCGGCCUCAGGGAGGCUGUGGCUCUGGACUUUGAUUAUGAUAAGAACUGCCUGUACUGGGCUGACAUCUCACUGGACACCAUACAGCGUCUCUGUCUGAAUGGCAGUACAGGUCAGGAGGUCGUAGUGAGGAAAGACCUGCAGAAUGUGGAGGCCCUGACCUUUGAUCCCGUCAGCCGACUGCUGUACUGGGUUGAUGCCGGAGCGCGGAAGAUUGAGGUUUCCAACCCUGAUGGAGACUUACGACACACUCUGCUCAACUCAUCCAUCCUGGAACAUCCUCGGGCUCUGGUUCUGCUUCCUGGAGAAAGUCUGAUGUUCUGGACUGACUGGGGAGACAGAGCGGCCGGAAUUUACCGGAGUUACAUGGAUGGAACCAACGUGUCUUGCAUUGUGUCAGAGGGCGUCCGCUGGCCCAACGGGAUCACAGCUGAUGACCACUGGCUCUAUUGGACGGAAGCUUACAGCGAUCGCAUUGAGAGAGCUGACUUCACCGGGGGCCAGAGGAGCGUCCUCAUGGAGGGGCUGCCCCACCCGUAUGCCAUUGCUGUCUUCAAGAAUGACCUGUACUGGGAUGACUGGUCCAGAAUGGGAAUCUUCAAAGCUCCAAAAGUCGGUUCCCAGAACAAUGAGCUGAUUGUUGGUAGAUUAACAGGAGUCAUGGACCUCAAGAUCUUCUAUAAGGGGAAGAAUCGAGGUCAUAACGCCUGUGCUGACCAGCCCUGCAGCCUCCUCUGUCUGCCUCAGCCUGGACACCGACACACCUGUGUCUGCCCAGAUGGUGCGCCAACUGUAACCAUGCCCAACGGCGAGCUGCAGUGCCAGUGUCCCACAGGUUACCAGCUGCAAAAUAACACCUGCGUAAAAACUGAGCACAGCUGUCUCCCCAACCAGUACCGCUGCUCCAAUGGCCGCUGCAUCAGCAGCAUCUGGAAGUGUGAUAGCGACAAUGACUGCGGAGACAUGAGCGACGAGCAGGAGUGUCCCACUACGACAUGUGACCCAUCCAAUCAGUUCCGUUGCGUGGCCUCAGGUUCCUGCAUCCCUUUGGCCUUCAAAUGUGACCAUGAAGACGACUGUGGGGACAACAGCGAUGAAGAGCACUGUGAGUCUCACCAGUGUGGCCCAGGGGAGUUCACAUGUGCACGGGGAGUUUGCAUCCGCGAGGCAUGGAGGUGUGAUGGAGACAAUGACUGCAGAGACUGGUCAGAUGAGGCCAACUGCACAGUGGGCCACCAUACAUGUGAGGCCAGUAGCUUCCAGUGUCACACCGGUCACUGUAUACCACAGCGCUGGAUGUGUGACGGUGAUGACGACUGUCAGGAUGAUUCUGAUGAAGACCCGAGAUAUUGUGGAACUCGGUGUAAAGGCUUUCUCUGCUCCAACGACACCUGCCUGCCAGCGACUGUCCACUGCAAUGGUAUCAAGGAGUGUCCAGAUGGCGCUGAUGAGCACAACUGUGACCCGCUGUGUACUCGCUACAUGGAGUUUGUGUGCAAGAACCGAGCCCAGUGUCUGUUUCAGUCUCUGGUUUGUGACGGGAUCAAGCACUGUGAGGACGGAUCGGAUGAGGAUGCCGAGUACGCUGGAUGUGCCACGCCGUCUGAAUUUGGAAAAGUGUGUGACGCCUACACCUUCCAGUGUGCCAACGGAGUGUGCGUGAGCCUGGAGUGGAAGUGCGACGGCAUGGACGACUGUGGGGAUUACUCUGAUGAGGCCAACUGUGCCGCUCCCACUGAGGUUCCCGGCUGCUCCAGGUAUUUCCAGUACGAGUGUAAAAACAGUCGCUGUAUUCCCACAUGGUGGAAGUGUGACGGGGAGAACGACUGUGGGGACUGGUCUGACGAGGCCCAGUGUACAGGUGGCGUUACUCCUCACACUGUGGCCCCUGGUCCUUCCACCUGUGCCCCCAACCGCUUCCACUGUGGCUCUGGAGCCUGUAUCAUCAAUACCUGGGUGUGUGACGGCUACACUGACUGUCCUGAUGGCAGCGAUGAGCUCGGAUGUCCCACAGUGGUCAAUGGAACUGUGACUUUGGCCCCAGUGCCCACACUGGCCCCUCCUGCCCCUGGACGCUGCAGCCGUGGUCAGUUCCUGUGUCGUCGACCCCCCCACUGCAUCCCUGACUGGCAGCGAUGCGACGGGCAGCUCCACUGCGAGGACGGCUCUGAUGAAGCACAGUGUCCCACACGUGGUCCUCUGUCUUGUGCCAACGGGUUCCGCUGCUCUGACGGUGAAGCCUGCGUGCUGGACAGCGAGAGGUGCGACGGCUUCUUGGACUGUACCGACCACAGCGACGAGGACAACUGCACCUUGGACAGCCUGGUGUAUAAAGUCCAGAACCUCCAGUGGACACCAGACGUUGAAGGUGCCAUCACUCUGACCUGGUCUCGUCCCAAGAACCUCCCCCUGGAUUCCUGUUACUUCCUCAUCUACUACAGAGUGGUGGGCGUGCAGCAGUGGACCAUCAUGGACACUCACAGCAACAAGACCAGCUACAAACUGACCGUGCUGAAGCCAGACACCACGUAUCACGUGAAGGUGCUCACUCAGUGUCUCAGCAAACUGCACAAGACCAACGAGGUGAUCACAGUCAGGACGCCAGAGGGAGUGCCUGACCCUCCUCAGAACCUGCAGCUAUUAUGUGACAAUGGUGAGGAUGGGACAGUGCAGGUCUCCUGGAGUCCUCCUGAUAAAGGACACGGCCUCAUCAGGGAAUACAUUGUUGAAUACAAUGAGCGUGGAGGUCUUGAAUGGACAUCACAGAGAUGCACAACAACCAGUACUGAGGUGAAGGAGCUGCAGCCGGACACACUGUACAGGUUCAGGGUGGCAGCAGUGACCAGUCGAGGCAUGGGAAACUGGACCGAGGUUAAAUCCAUCACUCCUAAGAAAGCGCUGCCUCCUCCCUCUGUGAUCGCCGACAGCAUCACCACCGACUCCAUGAGUCUUUCGUUCAGCCUGAACUCGCAGUACAAUGUGAAACAGUACGUCGUGAUUCUCUCAUGGCAGUUUGACAAACACGUCAAAGAGAGCCAGAACUACACAGUAAGAGAGGGGAUCCUCAAAGCUACAAACCUGACAGCAGGGACGGUGUAUGAGGUGGCAGUAUGGGCUCACACCAGCAUCGGGGACAGUCCCACCGCACUGUCUCAUCAUCAGACCGCCGGCACCCAGCCAGAGAAACCCCUCCUCAAAGCCAGGGCUCUCAACCAGACAGCUGUGGACUGCAGCUGGACCAUCAGUGGACCUCCUGCUCAGAUGUACGGUGUGUUUUAUGCCACCUCUUUCCUGGAUCUGUACCGGAGUCCUCGUCUGGUCCGCACCACGUCUCUCAGCCUCACAGUUACAGUGAACAGUGAUGAACAGUAUCUGUUCCUGGUGCGAGCCGUUUCCCCCUGCCUUGGUCCUCCCUCUGACUACGCUGUUGUGAAGAUGAUUCCCAACGAGAGGCUGCCACCCAGGAACCUCCAUCGUGUGCGAGUAGACAAAACCCAGGCCAUGCUGAAGUGGCAGCCGCCCUACGACGCCCCGAAUACAUUUCUGACAUAUGCAGUUCACGUGAGGGACGUCAUCCGUAAAAUGGAGCGAGACUAUAAACUGACCUCGAAGAACAACACAGUGGAGUACCUGCUGAAAGGCCUGGAGCCCGGAGGACGAUACAGCAUCUCUGUCCGUCUGCUCAACAUGAGCAAGGAGGCCAGCUUCACUCUGAGCACAGUUCCUCUUCCAGCUCCUGAGGCCUUAAAGAUUCUGACAGAGAAAGACCAUGUAUUUCUUUUCUGGAAGAGUCUGGCUGUCAGAGAGAAGGACUUCAAUGAGACCAGGGGUUAUGAAGUGCACGUGUACGACAGUGCGACCAACCAGACGUCCUACCUGGGAAAUACCACUGAGACAUACUUCCGCAUCAGCAACCUGCUGAUGGGACACAACUACACGAUCUCGGUGCAGGCUCGCUGCCUGCUGAGUGGUCAGCUGUGUGGGGAACCCGCUCUGCUGCUCUACAACGACCUGACAGCAGGAGCCGCUGAUGCCGCCCGCAGCGAGGGCCACACGGGGGACACGGCAGCAGUCGUGGUCCCCGUCCUCUUCCUGCUGCUGCUCGGUGUGUGUGGGAGCCUGGUGGCGCUGUACCUGCGACACCGCCGACUGCAGAACAAUUUCACAGCCUUUGCCAACUCCCACUACAACUCUCGCUUGGGCUCUGCCAUCUUCUCCUCUGGGGAUGAACUCGGUGACGAUGAUGAAGACGCUCCCAUGAUCAGUGGCUUUUCAGACGAUGUUCCCAUGGUCAUCGCGUAGCAACACAUCCCUCCACUGCCUGUUAAUCUCCUCUUCCGUCUCCCUUCCUCUUCUUCUGCCCCCCCCCCCCCCCCCCCACUGCCCAUUUACCGUCCCUCCUAUCAUCCCCUCUUCCCAAAUUAACAGGAAACAUGAAGAAAAAUUGAAAAGUGUAACAAGAGAAAGAGAUAUUUUUCAAAUAUACAAUGCACUUUUUUUUGGAUGCGCAAUAACUUAUUUUUUAUAAUACUAAAUCGAUAUAUAUAUGUAUGUAUGGGGUCAAAAAAGGGCGAGAAAGGAAGAGAUGGACUCUGAAACAAACUGUGAAGGAUUUGAGUUUGUGCAGCGUGUCGGGGAAAGAGAGACCCUAUUUGUAAUGCAAACUCACUAUCCAUAGGAAGCGGAUCUCUGCUUACAGCCAAAAUAAGCAUCCAGAGACUGGAGUAUAAAAUGCAAAGAUGUUACACGUAUAAAAAUAAAAUCUCACAAUUAAAAUAGGGUAAAUACUGCAUACAAAAUGUAAAGAAUAGAAAAUAUCAGAAGAGUGAGUGUUACAUAAUUUGGUGACAGUACGGUGUUACAUUGGUGCCCCGCGUGAGGGCGUUGGAUGAGUUAAUGGUGGAUCAUGUUUCUUCGUUUACAGAAUCCCGAUGUUGUCUUUGAUCACCAGUUUGAAAACUGUUGAUUCUUGUUUGAAAAAAAACAAACAAAAAAACAAAAACAAGUCAACCAAACAGAUCUGUGAUUGGACUGACCAUUGGCACCAUGUAGUGUCCCCAUAGGUACACUUGUUUUUACUCUCUUUUCCACCACCAGCACACUGUUCUAUGUCUGUAUGUAGAGGCAACACAUGUCCCGCAAUAUAUGAGAAUAUCUAUGGCUUCGAGGGGGAAAGAUUGACCCUCACAGCUUUGCCAAGAUGGUAAAUAUUUGUAAAUACUGGCUUUUAAUAUGUUCUCUCCUUGUAAUGCUGUAUCAUAUCAUUCUGUAAAAUGUGCAUUUUCUUUUUCAGUUCUUUUUUUAUUUUUUUUUAUUUUUUUGUUAUCAUUCAGGACCACAAAUUAUUGUCCCCAGCAUUUUUGCCAUAGCUGUAGUCACAGAGGAAGUGUGUUUGGGGUUCUCAGGGAACUGUGUCAGAGCGGACACCAGCACAGCACCGCCAUCACCAUCAGCACCACCACCACCACCACCGCCAUGGCUUAGGUAGCACUGUCCAUCUACUGUUGUAUAGGUACAGAAACCUUCUGAGGGGCACGGGAUCAGCUGUGGGUGGAAUGACUGGCAGGCACAGCUCAUUUAAGUCGUGAUUAAGAGUUUGUUUUCAUACCUCUCGUAUGUAGUCGCAGGUUUGGGCUUUAUUCGUGCAGGUUUUAGGAUAUUAGUCUGGGAGAUUUCAGCCGCCAUGUUCACAGACUGUUCCUUAGAUAAUCCAGAUUUGCCCUUUUGUGACUGUUUACACAGAACCUUGGUCACACAGUGAAGACAAGACAUGUUAUGGUGCAAAGUUUACCAGGCAAAAAAAAAUCUGUUGGUACAGGAAAUUAUGUGGAGUAAGUUUAACAUGGCUAAUGGGCUAACAACAUCAUAAUAGCACUUUUCUAUUAUACAGUUCCAGCAUGUAACAUACAGUUACUCGACUCGACACCGUUUGGUAUCAGGCAUGUUGUUUCCAUUACUUCAUAGUCCCUCCUCAACGUGGGUGUGGUCUUCAUAGCACGGCUGUGCGAAACUGAUGUGACGUUGUUUUAUACGCGACACAAACGGGCAAAGCAGUUGUUUUCGACAUACUGAAUCAGUUCAUUAAAAGGUUUAUUUCAGUGCUUCCUGC